GCCUCCAGCACCGCGGGGGCAUUUCCUAGCGCCGCCACUAGGGGCCUCUGCAGGGAGGGCGUUGCCGGAUGUUCCCACUAGGAGGCUCUGCAGGGAGGGCGUUGCCGGAUGUCCCCUCUAGGGGGCUCUGCAGAAAGGCGCUCGAAAGCCCCAGCUCUGAUGGACUCCCUGGAGAGGGUGCCCCAAGGCUCACAGCCCUGUCACAGCAGAGCUGGGAGGAUGCUGGGCCCCCUGGGAGCCCUGCUCCUCCUCUUCAGGCUGCUGCUGCCCGUGGACUGCGCUUCUGUGGAGCCGCCGACGACCCAGGAGGAUGAAAAAGGCUGUGGUCAUUCAACAAUAGUUGAAAGAGUCAUAGGUGGAGAAGCAUCUGUGCCCUCAAAAUGGCCAUGGCAAGUCAGCAUUCAGAAUGACAGCAAGCACCUGUGUGGUGGGACCAUAAUUGCUGGAUCGUGGGUGCUGACAGCUGCUCAUUGUGUGAAUAUCAAUGAUAAUUUGAGUGUUUUUGUGGGGAGCACACAUCUCAAACAGAGCUCUGACUCUUCUACCCGGGUUGCAGUCAAGCGAGUGGUAAUCCAUCCCAACUACCAGGAGACCAGAUACUGGUCGUGGAUUGGCCGUGAGGACGACGUAGCCCUCCUCAAGCUUGCCCAGGAGUUGAAAUACACCAAGAAAAUUUCCCCUGUUUGCCUGCCCUCCCCCAUAUUUGAUCUGAAAGUUGGGUCCUUCUGCUGGCUAACAGGGUGGGGCCAGAUAAAUAUAUCCUCAUCAGAAGGAAAAGCUCAAAGCCCCAGAAUACAAAUAGAUGAUGGUCUUCACGAAGCUGAGAUCCAGGUCUUGAGCAACGAUGAAUGUGACUCCCGCUACCAUGAAAUUUCAGAAGUGCCCAGCAUUAUCCGCAUCGUCACCCCUACCAUGUUGUGCAGUGAUUAUUCCCGAGGAAAAGGCUUCUGCUUUGGAGAUGAUGGGAGCCCACUCGUCUGUGAAGUUGAUGGAACUUGGUUCCAAGCAGGGAUAGUGAGCUGGACCUUGGGAUGUGCUCAGAGGGACACCCCAAGUGUCUAUUCUCGGGUCAGCAAGUAUGCCCUCUGGAUCAAUAAGGAGAUAGCAGAGUUGAGCUAUGCAGUCUCCACCCUUAUGGCCUCCUCCUGGAUCAUACCCCUAUGCCUGCUAUUGCCAAUUUGUCUCAUGAUGGCUCUCUUCCCUCCUUCCCUUCUCUGAAUUCCUCCUCCCUGCCCCACCCCCUCCCCACUAUCAGCCCCCUACUAUUCCUGGAAACUUUCCUUUACUUCCUUCUGGAAAGUCCUGAAUUCCUGCUGCUACCCCUGAGGAUUUCAUUCUCCUCCUUAGCCUCAUAACCACUAACAUAGCUGAGGCUCAGGAGAUUGAGCGGCUGAGGGUGGAGGAUUGAUUUCUGAGGCUGAGUGGGCAGGUCAAGGAGCCAUGUGAAGAUAUCUUAUGCAGGAGGUGAGGCCAGAGGGAGAAGAGUAGUUCCUUGGGAAAGGACAGGAUACCAGGGUUCAGGGUUUAGGAUAUUUGGGUCCCAUAGGCCUCAUUGUAAAAGGGAGGGAAGAAUCAGAAAGAAUGAUUUUAGAAAUUGAUAGAAAGAUAGUAGACAUUGAGCUCAAGCAGAGGCAGCCAAAGGUGAUCUUGGGGAUGUGAGUGCUCACUCAUGCUAACCAGAGAGAGAUUAGCACAGUACUGUAUCUUACAUAUAGCAGGGACUCAAUAAAUUCAUGUUCAU